GGAGAGGGCGCCGGCCAUGGCAGCCCCCGCUUCUUGAAUGCUGCCAGCCGCCCCUCCGCCGCCGAUGGCCGAAGCCUGGAGGCUGGAGGAGGACGAGGAGGAGCUGCGGGAGCUCGGCAGGAGGCACCGGAGGGUCGCGCUGAGCUCGGCAGCAGAUCGCUCAGAAAGAAAUAAACCAGACUGCCGCUCUUCAGGCCAAGGACCCUUGUCAUCCAUAAGAGCAGCAAUCAAGAGAUCUUCUCGGACCUCUAGCCAUAGUGAUCAACAGAGGGAUAGAAGGCGUCCUGAAAUUACAAUAGUUGCUGCUGAACCCCUCCGGCCAUCCUCCUGGUUUCCAGGUGCAAGUCCUGUCACUCCUCAAGGAUUAGGAUUCCCUUCUGCUUCAUCUCAUGCUCAGUGGAGGAGAAAUGAGCAUCUUCCAGCUGAGCUUCCGCCAUCGUACGAGCAGGUGAUAAAAGAAAUCAAUCAAGUGCAAGUCAAUACAACAAAUAACAAUAAUGCUGCUGCUCCUAGACAUACCACUACUUCUGCAACACAAACUGACUUUCCAGAGGAACUAAUCAGUCAUUUGCCAGGAAAUAAUGUGAAAACUAGUGUGCCUACACACUGGGAAUCUGCAGGCUGUCGAGGGCAGAGUCCUCUUAAACCUCCUAGACCUCCUGUAUCUCUUCUGAGUAAGUCUUCUGCAGAAAAUGAGAAUCCCUUAAUAGUCUUCGAAAAUCCUGAAGGUCAGAGGUGCCAAGAAAAUCCCAGUGCUGUGAUAUGUCCUGUGCCAAAGCCAAGAUCAAGAAGCAAUCUCAGACCUGUGGUCAAAAGUACUGAAAGUAAGAUAGACAGUGAAGAAGAAUUGAACCAGUCUACUGCAAGACAGCAGCAGCCUCCAAUUCAGCAGUCACCUCUUCUAGAUGAAGACAGCUUACUAGACAAUCACCUGGUGAUGGACAGCAUGAGUACAGAAAGGAGCCAAAAUAGUAUUGUUUCAAGGAUCAAAGUUUUUGAAUCCCAAGGCACUAAUGAUACAUCAGGAUUAUCAAAAAAGCCAGAAAUUGCCCCUCGUUCGUUUGUCCCAAGAUCUGUUACUACAAAGAAGCCAGUGAUUGCUCCAAAGCCAGGGGUGGGCAGAAUUUCAGAAGAGUGGGAUGCAUGGACCGAAAGCAAAUCAACACCUUCCAAGGAAUUGCAGCCUCAGCCUGAAAUAGUUGGGAGCAGUGUUGUAACCAAACCUGAACUGCCAAAGAAGCCCAAACCUGGCCUUGUUAAAAGUAGCAGUAGUGAUUUUCUCGAUUCAAGGAGUGGAUCAGUUGCAGAAAACAGUGAUGGACAAAAGAGAUUUCCUGUUCCUGCUCCAAGGCCUCUUGUUCCUAAAAAGUCAUGUUACUCAGAAAAUCCUGCUCUUUCUUUGGCCUCACUAAAACCAGUUGCUGCUCCUCCACGGCCUUCUGCAUCUGCCCAAGAAAAAGUUUUUAAGUCUCUGGGGGAAUUGUCCCCUGCAGCCAAUUCCUCAGCACCUGCUUUGCAAAAUAAACUAGAUGUGGAAGGAGAUCUGAUCAGUUUUGAUGAUGAUGAUGUUUUACCCCUAAGUCCAGCUGGUGGAGUUAAAGAUAGCGUCGGUUCUGAAGCAGCAGCAGAUCCAUUUCAGUUCCUUACCAAAAAUGAACCUGCCAAGGAACAGAUGGCUCAACCAGCUUUAGCUCGGAAACCCACUGUGAUCCGAAUCCCAGCUAAACCCGGGAAAUCUUUAAAUGACAUCCCACAUAGCCCUCCACCACUUCCUGCUGAAAAGCCUAUUGGAAAUACAUCCAAUAUCACAGUGGGGAAACCAAACAGUGGUGACCUAGUGAAAAAAAGGGAGUUGGAUCACUCAGAACAGGGUGGAGUGCCUCAGCUAGAACCUCUACUACCCCCAAGGCCUGUGGAUGGAAAAAUUAUACCUGCUCGACCUCCCCCACCUAAAAGUGUUCCUGGAAGGCCACCUCCACCAAAAUUCUCUGCAGCCAAGACUGCCUCCCAGAAGGAUGUUCUUUCGCGAUCUAGUUCUGACAUCGCUUCUGAUAAAAAAAUCAACAAGUUCAGGUUGGGACCUAAGAGAGCAAAAAGUGCAGUCUUUAAAAGUCCAGAUCCAGCAUUACCUCCUAGACCUAAACCGGGUCAUCCUCUCUACAAUAAAUACAUGCUGCUUGUGUCUCAUGGAGUUGCUAAGGAAGAUUGUCUUCCCAGGAACACCGGAGAACUGUCCUGUAAGGAUUCAAACCACCCUCCAAAAGCUUCUGACACAAGUGCACCUCAUGCUGUAGUCCUGUAUGAUUUUCCUGCAGAGCAUGCUGACGACUUGGACCUUCAUUCUGGAGACACUGUUUGUCUUUUGGAGAAAAUUGAUACUGAGUGGUACAGAGGAAAAUGUGGGAAUCGCACAGGGAUAUUUCCUGCCAGCUUUGUUAAAGUGGUUAUUGAUGUUCCAGAAGAAGCCAACAGGAAAAAAAUACCCUCUUCAUCACGAUGUAUCAAAGGUCCAAGAUGUGUAGCACGAUUUGAAUACAUUGGUGAUCAGAAAGAUGAGCUCAGUUUUUCAGAAGGUGAAACUAUUAUCCUGAAAGAAUAUGUAAAUGAAGAGUGGGCCAAAGGAGAGCUCAGAGGCACAUCUGGAAUUUUCCCCUUGAACUUUGUGGAAGUAAUUGAAGAUCUGCCUGGAACAGAUACAGAAGCAGCACUGAAGAAUAAGGAGGUUUCGUCUUCCCUUCCUCAGAACAACAGACGCUCAGUAGAGUGGUGUGAAGCGCUUCACGAUUUUACAGCAGAAACCAAAGAUGAUUUAUCCUUCAAAAAGGGAGACUACAUCCAAAUACUGGAACAAGUAGAUUUGGAGUGGUAUAGAGGAAGACUGAAUGGAAAGGAAGGGAUUUUCCCAGCAGUUUUUGUUCAGACCUCCUCAGCCAGGGUAGAGCUGUCACAGCCUGGAGGAGGGAAGAAAGGGAAAGCCAAAGCUCUUUAUGAUUUUCAUGGAGAAAAUGAAGAUGAGCUUUCCUUCAAAGCAGGUGACAUGAUAACAGAGCUGGAAUCUGUAGACGAGGACUGGAUGAGUGGAGAGAUACUAGGAAAGUCUGGGAUAUUUCCCAAGAACUUUGUUCAGAUUGUAAAAACACCGUGAAGUGUUGCCUUUGUAAUACUCCCUGUGUGUGGGAGAGAAUGUUUUCUACCCUAAAGGCACAGCAAAGACAUCAACGAGUGUUGAUAAUCAAUGUUUUGCACUACUUUUUCUAGACAGUCAUAGUAGUAUCUUGAAGUCAGAUAAGAAAAUUUGAGUCUUUUGUGACAGUGUAUGUAGUCAUGUUUCAUGAAUGCUCAGAGAGCAAAACAAGCAGGCUCUUAGCCAUUUCCAACUAGGGAAAUACUGUGGUGCAACACCAUUUUAACUUAUAUAGCAUUCUAGUAUGUUUACUCUCUGGUAUUACAUUUAUCAUGCACAAAGUCUGCAUAACACAAGCUGCUUUGGCCUUCUUUGAACUUCUUAAGAUCCAAACUUUAAAAAUUGUUUUAAUAUAUAAUUACAGCACUCAGUAUGUAGAUGAAGUUUGAUAUUCAGGUUUCAUUACUGCUUGAGUUCCACAUUAGCAGUAGAAUCCACUUGUUUUAUGACUUAGAGGAUAAGAAAAAUAACUGGUAUUUCAUAGUAGAAAAGUAUCAAAUCUAAUACUGGUAAGAGGGGAAAUGGAGAAAUAAAUCCUUGUGUAGUAUCCUUCUAUUCUUAGCCCAAGCUGCUCAUACAGCAAGAUCACAGAAGUAAAAUUUUUAAGUGUUUUGCCUUUUAAUGAAUUCUGUUUAAAUUGGUAUGAAUCAUCUUAGACCUUCCUCACUUUCCCCAAAAUACUUUGCAAGUACAGGUUUAGUUUUUUCCUACUGCCCACUGAUCUUUGAGCACCAUCCUACCCUUCUUUCCCAGCUGAAGUUGGUGACAGUGUUUAUUGAGCUUUCUCAGAUCCAAGCCAUGGAGUAGCUGCACUAUUCCAACUAUUUGCCCCUCCACUCCCCUCAUGGAAGUGGAAAGCCAGUGUUCACUCAGUCUGCAUUUUAUUUGUCACUCAAGCACUGGAACAUACUUCAGUAACACUAUUCCUAUCCUUAACAUGAAGGAUAUUAUACAGCCUUGGGUUUAGUUUUCAGCAGACAUGGGAUUACUUUCCAGUUUGUUGCCACAUACCGAAUACUCUGAGCAUCUUUAUAAAUGGUCUGUCGAGGCCUUAAGGAAAACAUGGCUGGCAAGAAGUUACUCCCAGCAGCUCUAACCAAGGCACUUGGUAAAAAGCAGCAGUGUAGCUUGACUGACCAACUAAAAUGGUUGAGGUAGUUUCACAUUAUAGGAACUUCCAAUAGUCAAUUCCUUUCUGUAAAUCUGGUUUCUGACAAAAUAGUUAAAUAGAAUCCUGAUUAACUGCUAAUUCCAUCAGACUGGGAUAGAAGAAAUUACGCUGCAAUUGCUUCUUUCACUGCUGCCAGUAUUCCACCCCUUGUGCACUGUAUCACAAAAAGGAACCUGUAGGCUGGUGAGUCAUUGCUCCAGAGAACUGCAGGUCACUGGGUAUCGAGAUACCUUCAACAAGACUUUCCUUCAUGGGCUUGGCAGAGGGGCCAACAGCUGGAGAUGGAUAGACUGGAAACCAGAAUCAUGAUGAGAGACCUUGAGUUAGUUUUAACUUCGUCAUAUCCCUGCUGACAACUUCACUGGUGUGAGCUCUAAGCAUCACAGCAACAACUACCUGCUGCUAUGAGGGACUCGGGUGCACCUGAACUGGGGCCUAAGCAGGCUGGGGAGGGUGCACUGCCCUCCCUGUGCUCUGGUUACCAUCACAGCAGGCAGGAAUAGGCAUAGCCAGAACUGCAGGCCUCCCCCAGCAAGGAAUGGGCAUCCAUUCCCAGUGGGAGACUGGAGCGAGCCUGAGGGACCUGCAGUGCAGACACAGCACUGUUCACUCAGCAGGCACUGCUGGGCCACAGACCCUGCAAAGACAGACCCAGCCCCCCAGCUUUGUGUUCUGUUGUGUUUAAACUACACCAAAACCCUUCACACAACAGGGCGAUGAAGACCACACAAAGUUUUAAUGAGCUGAGGAACUGGACUUCUACUUCCAUUAGGGACUAACAUAGUAAAUAAAAUGCUGAAUUAGGUGCUGUUCUAGAAGGCUGGAAAUGCAACCACGGGUACCAGCUGUUACUUAGUUUUAGCAGCCCCAGCAAGCCUGUCUGGAACUCCUGUGGAAUCACAUGGACGUCCACAGCCAAGGACAAUCCUUCCCACUCUCCCAGGUUUUCCUGUUAAUAGAUUCUAAAGGUUCUUGUUUAUUCCAAAAAAAAAACAGUCAUCUCCUAGAGAAAUCCAAGGAAUAGCCAGGUCCUUCAAAAACAUACUGCACCAAUGUGGUGGUAGAUGAGGCUAAAGUGUAUGAUGUUUACUUACUGUUUGUCUGGCAGUUUUCUAAGGUUUUGAUACAAAUCUCAAAAAUAGAACUGAUUUUUUUAUAUUUUUUUUCAAUUUCCUCUCCCAUUUUUAUAGCUGCGUCUUGACCAGUUGUUUUUGUAACUUCACUGAAUGUUUAAGUCAGUGCCUGUUCAUUGACAAGACCACUCUGCUGUAUGUAAUCUCCUCCCUGUGGGGAAGGGCAGGAGUAGCAGCAAGGCCUUUUACUCAGAGCACUGAGUGCCAUCUACGGGCUGCUCACAUGGCUGCAGGCAGCUGAAACGGCGUCUGUGUGAACGCUGAAGCAAGGGAGAUGCUCGGCUUUUACAGGACAGGAUUUUCCUAAGACAGUGCCCAACACCACCGUGAGACCGCAUACAGAUCACAGUGUAAAAUUCCUAAGGUGUACAAAAAAGCCGAGAACGAGGUAGAGUGCAAAUUUUAACUGCAAUGUAGUAGCAAAUUUCAGCUGUUAACCUUGAAAUCCAGCUAGAUCUCCAUGCAUUAGAAUAAGAGCCUCACCUACCAAAAUAUUUUGUUUGACCCAUCCUCUGGAAAUAUCUUCAGGAAGAUGUCUUUGUUCUCUGUACAAUGAACAGUGUCCUAAAUAAACCUUUGUUAAGUCCAGUAAGUUUGUUAUGGUACCUCUGUAAAUUAAGAAUGUAUUUAACCAAUAAAAUUUUUAUAAUUAAGU